UCUCUAUGUUCUCGGAAGACUCCGGAAUCUCUCGGUUAUCGGAAGAAGAAAACCUCAAAUGAGUAGGGAGCAUACGCCAUUUCCAUUGUUAACAACGUCUUCUCUCCAGAUCCCCUAUCGGCAAUGGAAAUCAACGUUGCUCUCUUCUGCAACCUGACCUCAGAUCACAGAAUUCGGAAGAGCAAUUGGCCAGGUUUUUCCUGCUUCUCGAUCGGUGCCAAGACCCGAAAACGCAUAAAGAUCGAAUCUUUUUGCUGUCUUGAUCUGUUCGCCACGAGAAACGUCCGAUCUUGUGUCGUCGUCAGGUGUUCGUCCUCUCAGGAGAAUUGUCUGAGGCCGAAACCGCGGCCAAAACCGAAGCCGAUUGUUGAGCACGUCGACCGUGGCUCGAAUUUGGACGACACCUACUCUGCGAGCCCAGAUUCUUCUGCCUUCUUCGACCACAUAGAGAAGUUGGUCUUCUUCAAGAGGUAUGAGGAGGCUCUUGAAUUGUUUGAAAUUUUGCGGUCGGGGGGAAACCUCGUCGCCGUCCGGGCUAGCACCUACGAUUCUCUCGUCAGUGCGUGCAUCGGUGUCGGCUCGGUAAGGGAGGUGAAGACGGUAUUUCAGCAUAUGAUUGAGACUGGGUUUAAGUUUGAUCAGUAUAUGAGGAAUCGAGUCCUCGGGAUGCAUUUGAAAUGUGGUAUGAUGGUGGAUGCAAGGCACCUGUUUGACGAUAUGCCUGAUAGGAACACCGUGUCAUGGAGUAUUAUGAUAUCAGGGCUGGUAGAGGUGGGUUCCUAUGAAGAGGCAUUUAAUCUGUUUUUUUUGAUGUGGGAAGAGGUAUCGGAUGCCAGUCCACGCAUGUUUGCAACUAUUAUCCGGGCAACUGCUGGUUUAGGCUUCAUUCUUGCUGGUAGGCAGUUCCAUUCAUGUGUUAUUAAGAUGGGAUUUUAUAAAAAUAUCUUCAUUUCUUGUGCUCUCAUUGAUAUGUAUAGUAAAUGUGGAUGCAUUGAAGAAGCUCAGUGGGUCUUUGAUGAGAUGCCUGAGAAGACGGUUGUAGGAUGGAACACUAUCAUAGCAGGGUAUGCUCUUCAUGGGUACAGUGAGAAAGCUUUGGAUAUGUACUAUGAGAUGUGCAGUGCUAAUGUUCAGAUGGACCAUUUUACUUACUCCAUUUUUUUCAGAAUAUGUGCUAGAUUAGGGUCUCUGGAACAUGCAAAGCAAGCACAUGCAGGUCUAGUCCGCAAUGGGUUCGGGUUGGAUAUAGUAGCAAACACUGCUCUCGUUGACUUGUACUGUAAAUGGGGCAGAAUGGAAGAUGCCAGGAAUGUUUUUGAGAAGAUGCCUCGCAGGAAUCUUCUAUCUUGGAAUGCUCUGAUAGGUGGAUAUGGCAACCAUGGCAUGGGAAUUGAGGCUGUCAAGAUGUAUGAGAAGAUGCGGGAGGAAGGGAUGGUCCCAGACCAUGUAACCUUUCUUGCCGUCUUAGGUGCAUGUAAUUAUUCUGGCUUGUUAGACAAGGGGAGGGAGAUUUUUGAGAUGAUGAGUCGAAAUCCAAGCACAAAACCACGAGCAAUGCACUAUGCUUGUAUGAUCGAAUUGUUUGGUCGAGAAGGACUAUUGGAUGAAGCUUAUGCUUUGAUAAAGAAUGCUCCUUUCAGGCCCACGAAGAACAUGUGGGCGGCUUUGCUGACGGCUUGUAGGAUCCACAAGAACUUGGAGCUUGGAAAAUUUGCAGCAGAACAACUUUUUGGCUUGGGACCUGAAAAAUUAAGUAAUUACAUUGUUCUUCUCAAUAUUUACAAUAGUUCUGGGAGGGUGGAUGAAGCUGCCAAGGUUGUGGAAGCCUUAAAAAGAAGGGGCAUUAGACUUCUUCCAGCUUGCAGUUGGAUUGAGAUUAAAAAACAGCCACACAAGUUCCUUUUUGGAGAUAAAUCUCACCCACAAAGCCUCAAAAUUUAUGAGAAACUAGAUUCCCUGAUGAGUGAGAUUGUAGAACGUGGUUAUGUUCCUGAUUGGAAAUCUCUGCUUCCUGAUGUUGCAGACCAUGAACAAAAGAUGCUAACAUACCACAGUGAGAAGUUGGCGAUUGCUUUUGGGAUCAUCAGUACACUAGAUUUUACUCCCCUCCAAGUCGUCCAAGGCCAUAGGAUCUGCAGUGAUUGCCAUACCGUCAUUAAGUUUCUGACAUUGAUUACAAAAAGGGAAAUUAUUGUGAGAGAUGCAAGCCGAUUUCACCAUUUCAGAUGUGGGAGUUGUUCAUGUGGGGAUUAUUGGUAACUGUACUUAUUCUGUCUUAGAAAACAGGUACGAUGCGAGGGAUGUAGACAUCUUAUUUAUGUUCUGCCGAUUAGGGCUGAAGACAGUAGUUCUCCUUGUGCUUCACAUGAUUUGCCAUUCAUAUUUUUUGAACCACAGCCUAAAUAAUGUUGUACAUUGACCAAUCGAAGAAUCUCAAAUUUCCCAUCUAAUAAAUUCCAGUGUAUCUUAGUUAUAUUAA